AACCCCCACCCAUGCGCCAUAAUUAUGAGCAAACGUUACUUUCUUUGUCCUAAGAAAUCCUACAUACGAGACCACCAGCUCAUGCUUGAGGCAAAACCGUAAUUUCGCCGCAAAUCAAAGCCCAUUCAAUUCCAGGACCCCGAUUUAUAAAUACAUUUACAUGCGUAUGUAACACACUAUAUAUGCUCUCAAUAAACACACACGCACCGGCAGCACCCGCCGCCGGUGGAACCCAUUAACAAACACCACAAGAAACUUAUCAUUCCCUUGUUCUUCUCCUUCCUCCUCAUCUUCUCUUACCCAUUUUCCAUCUAAUAAAAAUUCGAAUACCCAAUUGGAAAAAGCAAUCAACUUUGCAAACACUCGGUGGAAAAAACGCAUUCCACCUCCAAUCUUCAUUCGCAUUGAGCUCUGUUUCUUUUCCACAUGAAACGGCGAUGAAGUAGCUGUCGUUUUUCGAUUCAGAACGCCGCCGCAGAAUGCUGUGCAGGAAGAGCUCCAAAAACGACGUCGGCUCGGGAUCGGUGCCGGUGCACCUCAACGUCUACGAUUUGACACCCAUCAACGGUUACGCUUAUUGGUUCGGCCUCGGAGUGUAUCAUUCCGGCGUGCAAGUUCACGGCGUUGAGUUCGCGUUCGGGGCUCACGAGUACUCGUUGACGGGGAUAUUCGAAGGAGAACCGAAGAGGUGCGAAGGUUUCGCGUUCAGGAAAACGAUUCUGAUCGGAAAAACCGAUAUGAGACCCGGUGAGGUUAAGGCGGUGAUGGAAGAACUUGCUGCUAAGUACAGAGGUAAUGCUUACAAUCUCAUCACAAAGAAUUGCAACCAUUUCUGUAACGAUGCUUGUCUUAGACUCACCGGAAAUCCUAUUCCAAGUUGGGUCAAUCGUCUUGCUCGAAUUGGAUUUAUGUGCAAUUGUGUUCUUCCGGUGACAUUGAACUCAACAAAAGUUAGGCAUCACAAGAUGGAAGAAAAGCAAUGUGAAGGAGAGAAACAAGCAUUAGCGACUAAGGCAAAGAAACUUAGUGCUUCAAAUUCAUCAUCAUCUUCCCCUGAGGGACUGCGCAGGGGAAGGAGUAGAAACCGACGUGCCCUUCCUCCAUCUUCACCUUUGAUUAUUGGAUCUUCUUCAUCUUGAUGCCCAAACUCUUAAUUUUUAUUUAUUUUUUUAUCUUUAAUAUGGCCAAUUACAGAAGUUGCUCUAAGGAAGAAAGGCAACAGAUUGGAUUUUCAAUUUAAAAUUGUUUUUCUUCAUUCUUUUCAUCCAAUGACCAUAUAAAGUUAUGAAAAAACCUGCCAGGAAUCCCGGAUUCACAACUUUUUUUUUAUGUUUCUUUUUUUUAAAAGAGAGGAUUCACCUUAUAGAAAAAAAUGUUACCCCACGAAGACGAGGAGGAGAAGGAAAUAGGAAUUUGAACCUAUGCUCUUGUUUUAUUAUAUUAUAUAUAUGAUGGAUUAAUAUUGAUUAGGAU